AUGUUUAAAUAUAAAACGUAUUUAUUUAAAAAGGUUAAAAACGCCCGUACAUUUUGGUUGGGAAUUAAGUUACAUUGCGGUGCGCGUGCGAUCCGGAAAGGGAGGUUGUUACAAGAGGCUCUGGGAUCCUCCGGAUCCCGCAUGGGCCAACUCUAUCUGCCUUAG